AUGGCAGGUGGCAGUGGGCGAGCAGCUCCCAGGGGCGCCGUGUGCUGGCUGUGGGGACACAUGGCUCCCCAGGCAGCCAGGUGGGGGGCGCCAGCAGGAGGAGCUCUCUGCCGGGCCCUGCACUGCUCCAGGCCAAAGCCCUGGGAACUGGAGCUUGAGGCUCUCUGGGGUCCCCAAUACACCAGACGGGAGCCCACUUUUCCCGACUCUCCCAAGCCCUCCUGCUUCCAGAGAGAACUCAGCUGAGUCCGAAGAGCGGAGACGGACGCUCCGGGCCGAGGCGCAGCCGCUCCGGGUGCUCGCAGGGCGGCGUGGCCACCUCCGGCUCCUGGGCUCAGCCUGCCCGCGGCCCCGCGGUCCUCUCCACCUCUGCCCCGGGGCUGCAGGAUCACGGCGGGUUCCCGGGGCGGGAGCCAGCUCGGUCCUGCAGGGCCCUGCCCGGGCUCUCUGGGGACCCUGCCGGAUGCCUCUGCCAGGCCAGGGUGGGGCGACGCCUGCCCAACAGCCUCCGUGCCCCCCGAGGAAGCUGUCCGUGCACCUUGACCCCACAAGGCCGAACUAAGCCUCUUCCAGCUGCGCGCCUUGUGGGAUGCUGAGCGCGUCCCCACCCCGCCCGGGUCUUGCCCUCGGGCAGCCGAGCUGAUGAGCUCAGGUGGCAAACACGUUUUCCCUUCUCUGGAUGUUAAAAUAAACAAGGCUUCUCAGCAACUCCUGCUUCCAGAAUUAAAAAUAAGUGUCUCUGGGGCUGAAGUCCCCAGGGUGGCCCUAGGCCUGUCCUUGUAGGGAGCGGAGCCGGAGUCCGAGCAGUCCUGGGGGACCGGGCAGGAGCUUUAAGACAGGUGGCCCGAGCCCAGAGGGCGCAGAGCAUCGCAGCAGGCAGGCCCGGGCAUGGCCAGCAGGAAAACGAAGAAGAAGGAAGGGGGGGGCCUCCGGGCCCAGAGGGCAUCCUCCAACGUCUUUUCCAACUUUGAGCAGACCCAGAUCCAGGAGUUCAAGGAGGCAUUCACGCUAAUGGAUCAGAACCGAGAUGGCUUCAUUGACAAGGAGGACCUGAAGGACACCUACGCCUCCCUGGGCAAAACCAACAUCAAGGAUGAGGAGCUGGACGCCAUGCUCAAGGAGGCCUCGGGGCCCAUCAACUUCACCAUGUUCCUGAACAUGUUCGGGGCGAAGCUGACAGGUACGGAUGCCGAGGAGACCAUCCUAAAUGCCUUCAAGAUGCUGGAUCCCGACGGCAAAGGCAGCAUCAACAAGGACUACAUCAAGAGGCUGCUGAUGUCGCAGGCAGACAAGAUGACUGCAGAAGAGGUGGACCAGAUGUUCCAGUUUGCCACCAUCGAUGCUGCGGGCAACCUGGACUACAAGGCGCUGAGCUACGUGCUCACCCACGGGGAGGAGAAGGAGGAGUGAGGGGUGUCUCCCCCAUCACCCCCCAGGCUGCAGCCCGUUCAAUAAACGCGAACCCACAAACCUGCCUGCCAGUGUCUGCGGGGGGGUGUUCUCCUGGGGGUGCGAGUGUUUGCUCAGGACUGGGAGAGUCUGGAGGGGAAGGGUCCGCUGGGGGCGGGAGGAUCAGCAAGGACCUGCGAGGGGCCAC